GACGGUUGGGAAUUUUCGCUUUUUCCCUAAAUUGUUUUCUAAUAAUAAUCAUUUUAACAAGUUUUUUGCAAAUAAAGCCCGUUUUGCGACAUGACCGUGACCGAAUCCUCGGAACACGACGGUGAGAAAGACGAGAACAGUGCCGAGGCCCCCAGCGAAGACGACAAAAACGUCCUAACCUCUUACAUCCAAGAGGUGGAAGAGAGGUUUGUUUGCAAGCAAGAGCUGCGAAGUGCCAACCAAAAUGCGGCAAAUACGCGCCCCAGCGAGUCCCACUUCAGCAAGCUGGACUCCAGCCUCAAGAAGAACACGGCGUUUGUUAAGAAAAUCAAAAACUUCUCUGCCAACCAAGUGGACACAUACUUGAAAGACAUGACGGGGCUGAACCUGUCCAAGUACAUAUCGGAGAUUGCGGCUGCGAUAGUCGAUGCUAAAUUGAAAAUGACCGAUGUGGGCGCAGCCGUAAAGAUGUGCAGUGUUUUGCACCAGACUUACGCUGAUUUCUCGCAACACUUGUUUGAGAACUGGCAGAAAACCCUGGCCUUUAAAGUGGGUGAGAAGAUUCCAAAUCCGAGUAAACUGAGGGUGGAUUUAAGGUUUUAUGCCGAGUUGGUGCAGGCUGGGGUGUUUAGCAAUAAAAACGCGUUCACUUUGCUGGGGACCGUGAUCACCACUUUGGUCAACAUGGACAAGGACGAACACUACAAUUGCUCAAUAAUCCUCAGCUUUUGCAAGCACUGCGGCGAAGAUUACGCAGGUCUGGUCCCUCGCAAGAUGCGGGAAUUGUCCGAAAAAUUCGACAUCCCCAUCCCGAAGAGCACUUUCCUGCCGCCCGAGAAGCAGCAAAACGUGCGCACCUUGCUGAGGGAUUACUACGUUUCGCUCAGUAAGCAUCUCGUCAAAGACCACCAAGAGAUCCAAAACUUCGAGAAGCAGAACAUGAGGAUACUCCAAACCAAAGGCGAGUUGAGUCAAGAACGAAAAGACAAGCUCGAGGCGCUUCAAACAUCGUACGAUAAAUUAUUAGCUUCGACACAAAGUUUUGCGGAAAUUUUAGACGAAGAUAUGCCAACUUUGAAAAAUCAGACUCUCAUGAAAAAUGAUGAGAGUAUGAUAGUGACAGGUGCGGGGCCCGAUUUGGACGAAGCUGCGUUGGCUAAUAUCGAGAAUGUUUGGUGCGAUAUUGAAACGCAGAGGUUUUACUGCGAGUUGCCGGAAUUGCAAGCUUUUUUGCCGACUUCUUAUAUAAAUAAACAGGCGCCUCCGCCCGAGGAGUCGGUCACUGAGGAGGUGCUGGAUUCGGAAAUACCAACUGAAGAACUGGAAGAUGACGAAAAAGCCGAGGAGGCGCCCGUGGCAGCGGAAGAUGAGCCCGAAGACUCUGCCACAACCAACGCCAGCAAUAAAAUCCUCCUCGAGGCAUUUUUCAACAACUUGCCCAACUGCGUGAACCGCGAAAUGAUCGACAACGCAGCCAUCGAUUUCCUCGUAACCCUCAACAACAAACACAACCGCAAGAAGCUGGUCCGUGCCCUGUUCGGGGUAAACCGCACCCGUCUCGACCUCCUCCCGUUCUACGCCCGCUUCGUGGCCAUCCUCCGUCCAGCCCUUCCCGAAGUGGGCAACGAACUGUGCCAAAUGCUGCGGCAAGACUUCAAAUACCACGUACGCAAGAAAGACCAAAUUAACAUCGAAUCCAAAAUAAAAGUCGUACGAUUUAUCGGCGAACUCGUCAAAUUCAAGCUCUAUUCAAAAAUAGAAGCUCUCUAUUGUCUCAAAGUUCUGCUGUACGAUUUCUCGCACCAUCACAUCGAAAUGGCCUGCAAUCUGUUGGAAGUUUGCGGCCGGUUUUUGUACUGCAGUCCCGACUCGCAUCAAAGGACGAGGGUGUAUUUGGAGCAAAUGAUGAGGAAAAAGGCCGUUAUGGCGUUGGAUUCGAGAUAUGUGACGCAAAUUGAAAACGCCUAUUAUUACGUCAAUCCGCCCGAAGUAACAAUCACGAAGAAGGAGAGGCCGAUAAUGCACCAGUUUAUCCGGAAAUUGCUCUUUCAAGACUUGCAGAAGAAUAACACUGAUAAGAUUAUGAGGCUGAUUAGGAAGCUGGACUGGGGCAACGAGGACGUGUCCGCUUAUGCAAUAAAGUGUCUAAGCAGCGCCCACAACGUGAAGUAUUUCAAUAUCAGGUGUCUCGCAAAUUUGCUUGCGGGCUUGGUGACCUACCAGGAAGAGGUUGGCACUCGUGUAGUGGACAGUGUUUUAGAAGACAUUCGGUUAGGUAUGGAAGUAAAUCUUCCCAAAUAUAACCAGAGACGUGUAGCUCAAGUAAAAUAUCUUGGGGAGCUGUAUAACUACAGAAUGGUUGAAAGCGCUGACAUUUUCAAGGUUUUGUAUUCUUUGAUAACAUUUGGAGUUUCAAUGGAUCCAAACAUACCGUCGCCACUCGAUCCACCAAAUCACCUUUUCCGAAUAAGACUGGCUUGUGUUUUACUUGAAACAUGCGGCACGUAUUUCAGCAGCGGUAGCAGUAAGAGGAGACUAGACUAUUAUUUAAUAUUUCUGCAAUCGUAUUAUUGGUUCAAGCGCGACUUGUGGAAAGAUGCAUUUCCUCCAACACUGGAGCACAUUUUUAAAGACACUCUCACGACCCUGAGACCAAAAAUUAAAUUGUGUCAAAGCUACGAAGAAACACAAACCGAGUUAAAUAAUAUUCGCGUCACUUUGGGCUUUGAUAAAAUCACUGGAGAUUUGAACGAAAAUAAAGUUGAGGAAGACGGCCUGGAAACGAUCGCUGAAACCGACACUGAAGAACAGGACGAAGUGUCCGAAGUCACGGCACCUAUUACUGAUGAUACCGCCACUGAGGACGAAACGGUGGACCACACACAAGGCUCGGACGAUGAAGGGGAACCCGAUGUUAGCGAAGCUGAGCAAGAACAAGUGUCCGAAUCGCUGGCAAUUCCCAGUGGCCCCCGCAAGGUCGAGUGCCCCGAGGACGAGGACUUUUUAAACGCUUUGGAUAAAAUGGUUUCGGAGAACAUCCAAGAGCGGAUGCGCGAGCCGGUGAAGGCCGGAAACGUGGACAUUUCCGUUCCGGUUGUCCUCAAAUCGAACAAAAAGACCUACGAGCAGUUGCAGGACGCCCCUGAAACGGAACCCAACAAAAUCGGGUUCGUGCUAAUGGUCCGCAAAGGAAACAAGCAGCAAUAUAAAAAUUUCGAGGCUGAUAUCAACUCCGAACUCGCUCAGAAUCUGAGGGACCAGGAGUUGGCUCAGAAGGAGGAGAAGGAACGAGUGAAGCGCUUGACGCUGAACAUCACGGAACGGUUUGAAGAGGAGGAUUAUCAAGACAUGAUGCAGCAGCAGAACAGGCCCGUGACCCAAAACUUGAACCGCGAACGCAAGAAAUACCAGCACCCCAAGGGGGCGCCCGACGCCGACCUGAUUUUUGGACCUAAGAGAGUUAGAUAAUGGGAGGAAUUCAGGAUGAAAUGGUUGAAUACGAUUAAGGGUCAAAGAAGUUCAGAAUGUUUCAGAAAUAGAUAGAUUGUUUCGUUUUUAGUCUAUCGGAAUUGAGAAUUGUGAAGGAGAAGCAAGGAAUUUCAUUUUUUGUUUCGUUCAACAUUGUUUUCUGUUGGAAUAAAACCUUUUCACUA